AUGGAACUCAACAAAGCCACAAUCAAAGGAAAUAUUGAGAUCUGCCAAAUGCUAUUUAAGGAACUAGGCUUGGACACUUCAACCCUUGAGUUUGCACAAUUUGUUUGCAUACUUGCUGGCAAUCAACUUACAGUGUCACAGCUCCAUACAAUCAGCAAAAACCAAAUAGGGCAUGAAUCCAGCUAUGAGUUGUUUGAAUGGCUUGUCCCCAUAAUUGGCUUAUUCCACUUGAAGAUGGCUCAGACACAGGGAAUUUUGGAGACGCACCUUGGGCACUCAAACUCCAGCCAUAAUCCAACAUCUCUUGCAUUUCAAAACACAAUACUCCAUCAAAAGCCUAUUCCUACACCAAUGCCCUUUCACACUGCUUGUGACUUGAUUCAGGUAUUGCUCUAUGCUUGCAUUCUGCAUUGUUUUCAACUUGUCUCCAGAAACACAAGCUUGUCAACCCUAGCAAACCAACUCUCUUUGCUUGACUCUCAGGAUUCUGAAGAUCCUCCAACACGCUUGUUUCACCAGCUGAGACAGUACGCCCAAGACCUAUACCAGGAGCAUGCUAGUACUCAAAAGGUUUACCAUCUCCAGCAAGCUUGGAAGGCUGGAGGCAAGGGGUCUGAUGCUGGCAACGCUAGAUUUGAGGACUCCAGUUUAUUCAUACAAGAUGCACUAGAACUUCAGGCAUACACUGUGGCAAUCAAGGCCGGAGACUCUGGAAGGGCUCUCAUAUUGCUGAAGCUAUGGGCUCUUGCAUUCUGUGCUAAUGGUCAAUCCAAGUACAUGCAGGAGAUGCUUUACUUGAUUCAUAAUUUAACCCAUGUAUGGCCGCAACCACUUUGGGAUAUUAUACUCAAUAACUGGCUCCUCAAUCCAACUGGGAACCCAAAUUCACAUGUUGAACUAGAUCUAGUUCAAGAACAUCUCAUUUUUUGGAUCAAGAAUAUGUACAAAGCACACAGAAGUGGUGCCUCAUGGGAGUGGUUGGCCCACAUCUCUCUGUGCGUUGACUUCCUUUGCCAACUCACAAGAGAGUUUCAGCAAACCCUGGGUGAUGAUCAAGGCGCCAAGCACGCUCAGGCUGAUCUAUCCCAUUCAAUAGAUACAUUAAUAUGCAGUUUUACCACCAAUGAAAUACACACCAUCAAACCUGGAUGGUCUAGAGCCAAUGCCAAUGGACCACCCAUAGUUGACAUGAUAACCAAGGGGAUGCGCCAACUUGUUCAUGGCACUGACAGACCAAUUGCAAAAUUUAAUCAAGAGCUUGAGCGGCUUCAGAAGCGCCGUAAGCUCAUGCCAGUGUCAACGCAGUGGGAGCAUUUUCAAUCCACAAUGGAAACCUUGGACACACACAAGCACAAGAACAUGAAUGGCACUGAAGGCAAAAGCAAAGACAAGUGGGAGAGUAUGCACAUUAGCAAAGCUCAGAGUGAUAGCUCCAAGUUAGGGGUUGAAGAUCAAGGCAAACACAGCAACUCCAAAACUGAAGCAGAGGAGUUGGAAUCCAAAGAAGGCAAGGACAAGGAGUUUAGGCAAGAGGCAUUUAGUCUAGAAUUUGAACUUGGAAACAAAGUCUUCAAUGCGUUUGGUGAUCCAAGCAAAUCUGAGGAAGAAGAGCCUGCUGCAUGCAGCAAGCUUGAUAGUGACAACAACAGUCUCAUUGAUGAGCUGUAG